CGCCAGGCUCCGGAAAGCGCAUCCUCAAUGAUUCACUAACCCUUGUUUCUGCUGACAAGGAACCAAUUAAGAACUCAAAAUGACAGACCGGACAAAUAACUUCCCUCCCCUACCUAGUUUCCUGAAAAUCAAGCCCUGCUUUUACCAGAACAUUGAAGAGGAAAUUCCUGCACCCCACCAACAGUUGGUGCGGAAAGUCUACAUCCUUUGGAUGAUGUACUCUGGCACACUGUGUAUGAAUGUAAUCUCAUGCCUUGCCUGGUGGGCUGGUGGUGGCAGCGCCACCAACUUUGGCAUCUCCCUGCUUUGGCUCGUGCUCUUCAGCCCCUGCAGCUACACCUGCUGGUUCAGACCUCUGUACAAGGCUUUCAGGGCUGACAGUUCUUUCAACUUCAUGACCUUCUUUUUCAUCUUCUUCCUUCAAUGUAUCUUUGCUCUCAUCCAGACCAUAGGCAUAUCUGGUUGGGGUACUAGUGGCUGGAUUGCGACAGUGAUGUUUUUCAGUUACAACGUGGGCUCCGCUAUAGUGAUGCUUAUCACGGCUGUGCUCUUCACUCUGGUGACCAUGCUAAUGGGACUGGUUCUCCUCAGGGUCCACAGACUGUACCGUGGUGGCGGCGGGAGUUUCGAGCGCGCCCAGGAGGAGUGGAGCACUGGAGCGUGGAAGAGUGCACCCGUAAGGGAAGCAGGGUUCAAUGCAGUCACUCAAACAGCCCAAGGCCCAAGUUUGCCCCAGUACCCCACCGCUGUGCCCAGCUACCCUGACAACAGUCACUGGUGA